CCCCCAGUCAAGUCAAGACUGCCAUUGCUGUCAUUAUUCGCAUAUAAAAACGUAAAAGACAUAUUAACAAAUCAUGUAUAAAUCAAUUCAAACUGACUAUAAGUCAAUAGAACAUCAUUACGCCACAGCAACUAUGGCCUUUAGAAUGUUGGUGAUUAUUUGGGCAGGACAGUGAAAGAACCUCACAACUGGUUGUUAUGGUGCUGUUAUGUCAUCACUUAUGACAUCAUUUAGCUCCCUGAUACAAGUAGAAUUGUGGCCGUUGAAUGUAUUUCUUGCUAUUUCUUAGUGCAGUCAUGUCGCAUGUCUCUGCAUUAUUUUAUUGAUAUAAUAGAUUUUCUGUAAUAUACUGAUAAAAAUGCUUCACAAUUAACAUAAUUGUCAAAGAAGAUGAAGAAAGGCUCGGAACGUCCUCCUGGGCCUGCCCCUGGCUCAUCAGGAUCCUCUGAUGUUGCUCCAGGCCCAUCUCAGGACGAACCCUCUUUCUCUGAACUACAGGACUACAUCCUGCACCUCUCUGAUGAGGAGUGGAUGGCGUUCGCCAGCAUGUUUCAUACCCCUAUGACCAGGACACACUUCCUGCAGAUAUGUAAGGCCAUUCUUAGAGUGGUCAGCUUCAGCUCCAUCACCAUGGUCUUGCCAGCCUAUGUGUGCAUGGCCAAGGAUGCUGAAAUGCCUGUCAGCAGACGCUCAAGUGCCACCAGCUUCGCCUCAUCAUCUGAAAUCGCUCCAAAAAGACCUGGGAGUCAGAUGUUCCUCAAGCUGAAAAGUGCUCUCGGAAGCCUGCAGAAAUCUGUGGUAUGGCAGAAGACAUCUCGCUCAGCCGAUGCACCUGCUCAGUACCCUAUGGUGGCAGAACAUGGAAGUGAAUCCCAUGACCUGACCUGUAUGGCAAAGACCCUGGAAAGGCUCCUUUCCAGCGACAAUAUCGACAACAUCGCCAAGGGCCUUGUGGAUCAAAUUCAGGCUGUUCGGCUGAACAGGAGCCCAACUCCCACUACUCUGGAUGGAAAAAUUAGCCCUGGAUCUGAGAGUCAAAGGACCGCUCCCCAGAAGGCCACCCAGGUAGUGUACUCUUUCACUGAACAGGCCAUCAAGGGAUUGCUGAAGCCCAUCCUUCGCCCUCUGGUGGAAUGGAAUGCUGGUCGAGAUGUUGCUACGUCCAGAAUCUCCGUCUCCGGGAUCGGAGGCACACCAGCAGAAAAAUCCCUUCUUGGACAAGAGAAGCCUGACUGCAGCUGCCUGGUAGCCAGGUUAAUGCAAGCACUGCCCAGCGUUCCUCAUCAGCAAACAGCAAAUGUUACAUUUGCGAGAUCAAGCUCUUCUACCGAAGUUGCAAAUGUCUUCUCCCAGCUCAUGACCUCCCAGGUCAUUGACAUGAUUGACUCGGAGAUGGUAAAACAUCUUGAUCAGAAGAACAAAUUAACUUUGGAUGAAGCAAGGAUCCUGUCAACAACACCUGACAAAGAUGAGCCUAUGCUUAAAAAACUCCUUACCACUAGCCCUGAUGCCCAAGGUGGUUUGAUGUCAAGGCUCCUCAAAAGGUUCCUCUCAGAAUUCAAAUCAACUGAAUUGCCUGUCCUUGAUGCAGUUGAUGAUGCCACAGCCUUGGCACCCAUCAGUGAGAAAACACAGUCCGCAUCCGCCAAACUUGAGGAUGUGCUAGGUCUCUUCACAAGUGUGAUGGUUCAUAAAGUGCUGGAGCUCCUUGAUGCCGACUUGGAGGGGAAACAGGGCGGGGACCUUGACCUGACGAAGGGAGUUUAUGGCACUGACACGAGGCCUCAGAGUGCACACAGCAUUCCACUGAGCUCUACAGCUCCUUCCAUGCCACACUCAGAUUCCACCAUCACUGAUAUAUACAAGUAUGUGACUGCCCGUGACAAACAGUUCAUCUCUGCUGCGUGCAAGCAUCCUGGAGACACCGAUGACAAUGGCUGUUUGGUCACAGCACUGGUGCUGCGUCUGUUGACCAAGAUAGACGAUCAGCAGACUUCCACUGCAGAUGCUAAAACAGACACCCAGAAGCUGCUGGAACAACUCCUGCUCGAGUUCACCAAUGCAUCAGGCGCUCUGGACUUCAGUGUGUAUCAGAACAACGCCAAACUGCAGGCACUCUACCGCACCCUGAACACACACCUGCUGAGGAACUUUGGAUCGCGGGGCAUCCUGCAGAGACCAGUGGAUGCAAAGGACUCAUCAUUUGAUGACCUGCUGAUGUCAGCAUUGAACAAGAAGCUGCUGAAACAGUGUGAUGCGGAGGCCACGGCUGGCACAUCAGCCCCAGGUGCCCCACCCCCUCCUGAGCCUCAGACAGGAAGCACAGGCAGCCAGACACGCAAGAGGUGGUUCAGCUUCAAGAUUCCAAAGAGACACAGCAAGAUGAAAGUGUCUCCAACUGACGCCAUUCCUCCUGACACAAAUCAGAGUAACAACGCUGAUGCGGCUGUGCCUGUCCAGAAGCCUCGUAAACGCUCGAUGUUCAUCAGGUUGUUCACGUGUUGCUUCAAAGCCUCAGAGGAAUACUAAACCGCACACUCACACACGCACACGCACACGCACACACACACACACACACACACACACA